GCGGGAUGGAUGGAGACCUCUCGACGUCGUUUAACCUUGUGAAUAGACACAUAGAAAUCACAUAUGCAUAAUUUAAGGACAAAUAUAAAAUAUAACGUACUAUAUAUACCACUAUACGAUGACGGAAUGGUAGGCCAACAGUGGAUGAAAAUUAAAAGAGGACACCUGGAUUAAACUGGACUGCGCGCGGCACCUCAAUUUUUUCAAUGUUAAUUUAAUAUUUGAAAUACUUUAAAAUAUUAUUUUGAAGUUGUUGUAAACGUAAUUCACUCAAGUGUUUGAUGUGCUGUUUAUAGUACAGUACUUACUAAUGUGACUGUAGAGUACCGCCUUAGGAUUGUUGUUGUUCCCACGUAAACCACUAAGGGUCGCUAGCAUGCGGAACUUGGUCUCCCAGGACGACUACCAGCCAAUUUUGCAUACAGUCGUGUAAAUAUAUUUUAGGAAUGGGUUUAGAAUUCACGCCUAAGAUGCAAAAUACCAGUACCCAGGUAAGAUAGCUACAUAAUACCCCUAUCAAAAGCAAGGGUAGCAGUGCAGACCUUCUCACAUAAGUGAUAUUGUCUUCCCCAUGCUGCCACUCUCCAACUGGGAUUGGGUGUGACACGUCUCAGGUGACCGUUGUCACGGUAGGUGAGGACCUCCAAGUUCCACGCGUUGUUUUGCCUCACGAUCCCAGCACAAAGAGAGGUCCCUGUCUUGGAUGCGGUAAUGCAUAUCCACUUUUUUGAGACUUGUCAGCAUGUUUCUCCUGACUUCACAUUGUGGUCAGGCCAUAAUAAUGGUGCACUCAACUCAUAUUUUAUCUCCUUUGUCACAUUCUAGGGAACGAUGCUGAGUAACUAUAUUUCAUUUAGGUAUACUACGGUAUUCCGCUGUGUGGCAAAUAUAUUGAUUUCACCCAGUGUCUUUAUCCACGUUUCAGCCUUGGUCUCCCAGAGAGACGAUAACCUUGUGACAUCAUCAGCUCUUGUUUUCUUCUGUGGGUUACUUCUUUCCUCCAUCAAGCUUUCCUUCGUGAUGAAUCAGCUAAGUACUAGUCUCUGCAGCACCAGAGUGACAAACUCCCAAGGCUGAACCUCGGCUGACUAGAAGAUCAAGUUACCUCUCAUUGAGCAUUAAUUUAGCUGUUUAAAUCAUUUGACAUGUUUGUGUUCAUGCAAAUUACAGCAUCUGUCCAUGCCAUCGUCUGCUUGUCCAGGUAGGGCUUAUCCAGCGCCAUGAAGAACCAACCACACAAAAAUUAAAAUAAUAUGUCUUAAAAGUAUGAUUUAAAAAAAAUGAUAACCCAUCUUGUAGGAUAUAAUAGAAUAUGCUAAUUUGGAACUAAGGCAAAGUUGUCGGUCGAUCGCUGUUGUAUAUGUUAUUUUAUUUACUUACUAUAUAUAUGACCUUACUAUUCUAUACAGAGCUGAAAUGUAGAAUAAUAUUUACAUGUAAUACAUGUUGUGUAUUUCUCCUUGUUGAACUGUAACCUGCUUUAUAGCCCACGCUGCUGUAGGGUUUCGUGUCACGACGUAAAGUCAGCCAACGUGAGGCUGGAGGUUUAGCAGAGGGGGACGAUCCCUCCGCAGUACACUGAACGCCCUUGACUGGCUGCGGCAGUUCGUGGGCAGGACAUCUCGGCUGCUGGGGUUUUCCGUAUAUUUUCACAAGACCAGAAGUAGUGAAUUAUUUCCAAGGCAGCAAGCUUCUGCAUCGGACUGCUGUCGCGUGUGGUCUGCGAUUCAGUUUCAGAGCGUCGUUUGGGAAUAUAAACCGAUAGCCUACUUGGAAUACGGACUGGGAUUGUAACUCAUCACAAUGAUGGAGAUCGAGUUGCCAAAAAUGCACCAGAGUCAACAGGUAAAGGGCGAGCUAGGAAAUGGAGCUGAUUGACAUCCUGUGGAGGCAGGACAUCGACCUGGGCGCCGGCCGGGAGGUCUUCGACUACAGCCACCGGCAGAAGGAGCACGAGCUGCAGCGCCAACGCAAGCGGGAGGAGGAGGAGCGGCAGCAGCGGCUCCAGGAGGAGAAGAAGGCGCUGCUGGCUCAGCUGCAGCUGGACGAGGAGACGGGCGAGUUUGUGCCGCGGGCUCCACCCAGCUCCCAGCAGACCGCCACGCCUCCUGAGAAGGUGCAGCCUGCUGUCUUCACAGAAGAGGAUGUGGGCACCCUGUCAUUUGACGAAUGCAUGCAGCUCCUGGAAGAAACCUUCCCGCUAGUGGAGACCAUCGAGACCUCUGCUCCUACGCUCGAUCCCUCUGUUUUGCCCGCCGCCAACAGCAGCCCAGUCAUGAUGGGUCCUCAACCGAGCCCCCUGCUGCCAGCAACACCACCCCCCCAGAAGCCCCUGCCGGACCUGGAGCAGGCCUGGAUGGAGCUGCUCUCCAUCCCUGAGCUGCAGCAGUGCCUGAACAUGCAAAUGGGGGACGUGGUCGAACCACAGGGCUACAGUGCCACGAGCACCUCCCCGGUGGCGCAGGAGCCAAACUACCCGUUCUACCUGCCCAAGAUGACAGAUGUGAUUACAGUCCCGGCGGAGUCAGUCUGCUCCUCGGGGUAUCAGAGCUCCUUCGAAGGGGCUUUUGCUGGUGCCGUCCCAGCGGACAGCCCCGAUCAAACGACUCUAGAGGCCCCGGACCUGAAUGGCGCCUUUAGCGUAGAAAGCUUCUGUGAUAUGUUUUACUCGGACCUUACAGACACAACGAUAAGCCAUGGCGGCUCACUGGGUGUGGGUGGGAGUGAGGGUACUGCGCUGGCCGAACUGCCCGAGGAGACACCGGUUAAGCCCAUGGAUAUCUCCGAGUUCACAUUGGGGGAAGGAUUUGCCAGCAAGAAGGCUGAAGCCGAGUUUCCUGACUCUGACUCGGGCCUGUCGCUGGAUGCCAGCCCCAACAAUGGGUCACCGGAGAAAUCGACGUUUGGCGACGGCUCCUUCGGAUUCAGCGACUCCGAUAUGGAGGAGAUGGACAGCAACCCUGGCAGCACUAAGUCUGACUACAGCGAGACGUUCCCACUGUCCGUCGUUGCGGAAAGCAUCCAAGGGAAUUCCGGCACCCUCAGACAGCCUGGAUCCUCACAGGACCAGAACGUCGGGCAUCCCAAGACAGAACUGGCAGAGGACGCCGGGCAUGACAAACCGCCCUUCACCAAAGACAAGCACCGGAGGCGCAUGGAGGCUCGCCUGUCACGAGACGAGCAGAGGGCCAAAGCCCUCCAGAUCCCCUUUUCCGUAGACCUCAUCAUCAACCUCCCCGUAGACGACUUCAACGAGAUGAUGUCCAAGCACCAACUAAACGAGGCCCAGCUGGCCCUGGUCCGAGACAUCCGCCGGCGCGGCAAGAACAAGGUGGCUGCCCAGAACUGCCGCAAACGCAAGAUGGAGAGCAUCGCGGGCCUGGAGUGCGAGCUGGACUCGCUGCGUGAGGAGAAGGAGAGGCUGUUGCAAGAGCGGUCCGAGAACGACAGCAACCUUCGGCAGGCCAAGAAGGAGCUCAGCAGCCUCUACCAGGAGGUGUUCAGCAUGCUCCGGGAUGAGGAAGGGAAGCCCUACUCGCCCAGUGAGUACUCCCUACAGCAGACGUCCGACGGCAAUGUGUACCUGGUGCCGCGUGUCAAACAGAAGACGGUCAAGACCCGCGGCAACUAGCAUUUCUCUGCUUACCGUAUUUUUGUACUGCACUACCAUAACAAAGUCUAUGCAAAAAAAUAAAAUAAAUAAAUAAAUAAAUAAAAAAUUUGUAGUAUCAAGAUCGCUUCAGCAUUAGUCCAGCAGCAGAACUAUUAUAUAGUUUUUGCGUAUCCAGCCAUAGCGGUUUGACGUCUUAAUAUUUUUUAUAUUUAGACUUUUGCUUGUACGGCUAUAAUGUAUAUUUCUUUCCCCCAAGGAAACCUUUUUUCUCAAUAUGGUUUGUAAAUAAAUGUUUAUCUUAUUUGCCUUUGAAGUAUGAAAAUGUACUGUAUAUAUCAUAUUUUAGUAUUCUAAUCUUUUUUUUUUUUUUGCAAAUUUCUCUUAAUUUCCGGGCGGUUUUAUAAAUGAUUUAUGCUUUGAUUUACUGUUCAAUUGUUUUAUUUCUUGACUUUUCUCUUGUACUUUAUAGAAAAAAAUAAAAUAUUCAUUUAGUCCCCA